CCGAUUUUUUUCUAGUUCAAGCGUAAAAUAGUUAAUUGUUCAUCUAUUUACAUUGUAGAAACGAAUUAAAACGGUUCUAACUAGUUUAUUACAAUGGUUUUACUUGAAGAACAAAUGAUACGUGGUGCUGUCAGCCAAGAAUGGCAUCCUAACUCUGUCCACGGACGUCCUUAAAGGAGACUAAGAAAUUCACCAGAGAAUGAACAGCGGUAUUCUCCUAGUCUUGUCUACUCUCGUCGGGAAGCAAUCGAGGUUUCCAGUUCGAUGGAUGCUACAUCCGUACUGCAAAGCAGUUAAGACUUGGACCUUGUGUGUGAACGUGGACAGCACAGUCAUUACACAGGGGUCGAAAGAUUACGCGGUAAUCUGCUUCAGCCAUCUCAUCUGCGUCUCGCAAAUCGUGGUUUUUAACGAGGUUGCAUUCCACCUAUUUCCAAGCCAUUUUUUGGUGUUCAAAGAUGAGCACGUUCAAGUUAUACAGCUCACGAGCUCCUCACAAUAUUCUACUACGAAUUUCGUAUCGAACUAUCGAAAAAUUUAUUUAAUUUAUUUAUUUUUAUUGCUUAGAUAGGUAGACGAGCUCACAGCCCACCUGGUAUUAAGUGGUUAAUGGAGCCCAUAGAGAUCUACGACGUAAAUGCGCCACCCACCUUGAGAUAUAAGUUCUAAGGUCUCAAGUAUAGUUACAACGGCUGCCCCACCCUUCAAGCCGAAACACAUUACUGCUUCACGACAGAAAUAGGCGGAGUGGUGGUACCUACCCGUGCGGACUCACAAGAGGUCCUACCACCAGUAAUAUAUGUAUGUAGAUAAUGACGUGUUUGGCUUGAGGAAUUUAAAAUAGCAGACAAACGUAAGUUUAGUACAAAAUUAAUUAGUGUACUAUUUUUGUUAUCUGUAACAAUCACAUUAAAUUCUAAUAAAUUAGCAUACUGACUGACAAUAUAAGAGCUAUACAGACGUAGCGACUCAUCCGCCGGCGCAACAUUUUGUGUCUGUAUAUAACGGAUGAGUAGCAAGCGGAUCAAGGACUGACGGAUCAGUAUCGGUUUGAAAAAAACAAAACACUGUUGUUGAUUACAGUAAAACACGCUAACAAUGGUUUGGCAGCCAAUAAAUCUGGACCAAGCAUGCCCGGGAUCGACAAAUCUAACUGCGUGCAGUUCCUUUGGGUACGUGUACUUGGACCUGCUGGUUCGACUCUUCGGUCAAACCAGCGGGAAGAGGAGACCUCCAGAGACCGAAGAGGAGAGAGAGUUUGACUUCAUCGUUGUUGGAGCCGGUUCCGCUGGAUGUGUUGUCGCCAAUCGACUCAGUGCUGUAGGAAACUGGAAAGUACUACUCCUGGAAGCAGGAGACGAACAACCAUUGGUGACCACAGUCCCGAGUCUGGCUAUAUCGCUGCUCCAGUCCAGCGUAGACUGGGCUUACCAGACUGAGCCGAAUGGGAAGAGCUGCCUCGCCAGGCCGGGACAGCGCUGUAGCUGGCCGAGAGGCAAAACCAUGGGCGGGUCUAGCUCUAUAAACUCCUUAGCCUAUGUUCGAGGGAACGAGCUGGACUACGACACUUGGGCUGCGAACGGAAACACAGGCUGGAGCUAUAAAGAGGUCCUGCCUUACUUCAUCAAGUCCGAGAAGAACUUGAACAUCGCAGGUCUGAACCGGGAGUACCACGGCGUCGGCGGAGAGCAGUACGUCUCCAGAUACCCGUACGUGGACCGACCGUCCAUCAUGAUGACCGAGGCCUUCAACGAGAGGGGCGUCCCCAUCGGAGACUUCAACGGCGAGAACCAGCUCAGCACGAUGCAGUCGCAGACGUUCUCCUGCGGCGGGCAGCGCGUGUCCACCAACCGCGCCUUCAUAGAGCCCGUCCGGGACAGGCGCCCCAACCUGCUCGUCAGGACCAACGCUGAAGUCCACAAGAUACUGAUCAAUGAGAAUAAGCAAGCGUACGGCGUGGUCUACAAGAGGAACUGCAAAUGGCACACGGCCUACGCCAAGAAGGAGGUGAUCAUCAGCGCCGGCGCCAUCAACUCGCCCAAACUACUUAUGCUCUCGGGCAUAGGACCUAAAUACCACUUAGACGAGUUGGGCAUAGAAGUGGUCAAAGAUUUAGCCGUGGGUGAGAACCUGCACGACCACGUCACCUUCAACGGCAUAAUCGUGGCCCUGCCGAACGCGACGUCCACUAAAGUGAGCAACGACCAGCUGCUGAAAGAACUGUUUGCUUAUAAAUUGUCCCGACGCAAGAGAGGUCCGCUGGCGGCUAACGGGCCGACGAACUCCAUCGCGUUUAUAAGGACGGAGGCCGCGCUGCCGGCGCCCGACGUGCAGUUCCAAGUGGACAGCGUCACUUGGCAGGAGUACAUCCGGCAGCCGACCCUCUACGAGAGCCUCACGAUAUUCCCAUCCGCCUUCUACAACGCCCUGCUGCCGAGAACUAUGAACUUGGUCCCGAAAAGUCGAGGCAAGUUGCUACUGAACCCAAAGAAUCCUCGCGGAGCCCCACUACUCUACGCAAACUAUUUCGACGACCCCACAGACUUGAUUCCCCUAGUUAAGGGAGUCAAGUUCCUCCUGACGUUGGAGAACACGAAGGCGUUCAAACGUCUCGGCGCGUACUUCGUUAAGAAACCGUUGAAAGCUUGCAAGAAUUAUAUUUGGGGCACUGACGACUACAUUGUGUAUUUGGCCAGAUCUUAUACUACGAGCACGUACCACCCGGUGGGAACGUGUAAAAUGGGCCCGAAGUGGGAUAAAAAAGCUGUUGUGGACCCACAAUUGAGAGUCUAUGGUGUUUCUGGUUUACGUGUCAUUGAUUCUUCUAUAAUGCCGUGUGCGCCGCGCGGGAACACCAACGCGCCAUCUAUUAUGAUCGGGGAGAGAGGAGUCGCUUUUGUUCUAAACUACUGGUUGAAGAAGUACAGCUAGUCGACAACAGAUGUCUCUUUAAUAAAUUUUGUAAAAAUGUUUUUUUGGCGAAAUUUAAGUUCAACAUUUUUAAUCUAAUAAUAGAGCAAAAGGGAGCAAGCUAAUAAAAAAAAUUGACUAGCUAAAUAAUAUGAAAUUAGUUAUUUACGUAACAAUUAACAUAAUUGAAAAUUAAUAGAAUUGUUUAUUUUUGUUUUUAUUACAAUUUACAAUGCAUAAAGUAAAUGCUACCUCUAAAGCCGGAUUUGAUUUAUUUUUAUUAGUAUAGUAUCAUCCUAUGUGGACAUACAACAAUAUUUAUUUUUUCAUAUUAAUUGCAAUUAUUAGUUAUUAUUAACAUAAUUAUACCCCAAAUCCUAAUCGGUUUUGUAUAUCAAAUUUUUCGCGGUGCUUAAUGCUACCUGAGAGUUUCUUUUUUCUGGCACUAGAUGGCUAUACACAUUAUUUUAUUUGUUUUUAUUGACUGGAUGCAAUUUUAUACAUGUAACCUCUAUAUGAUUUAUGACACAAACCUUAAAAGAGGUUAAUAUGUUAUAAAGGUGACGUAAAUAAUAAUUUGAAUAUUGAAAUAUUAGAAGAAGGAGCAUUAGAAAUAUUAAAACAUUUUUGAAUAUUGAAAUAAAUAAAUAAAACAUAAAGACUGGUGAAGCUAUAGCUUUAAAUAUUGUUUCUCUUUAUAUAGAGCAAAAAACUCAGUUUGUGCUAUAGUUUUACUAGCCUACAAUUUAUUUUGAUGUGAAUAAAAUAGUACAUUA